UAAUAUCCGGAAGCACCAGACAGCAGAGAAGAGGGCGGAGCUUAAAUCAUCCGAGCAGAAGAAGAAGAAGUCCCCGGCGGCGAAGGAACCGAAUUGAUGGCAGCAUCGUAACAAAAGGGAAACAACGUAUCAAUUCAUUCACCUGCUAAAUGUUGAGAGAUGCUGACCUCAUCUUACCAGUGACCACAGUUCACCUUCACCAGACCAGCUGAGCCAGGACAGCCGGACUCAUUCUAGACCAGUCAUGGCCGCCAGACAUCAGAAACCUGCUGCAGAGGGCUCAAUGGAGGCCAAAAGGACCGACCUCAGGGCCAACGAGAAGAAGUGCUCAUGGGCCUCCUACAUGACCAACUCUCCGACUGUGAUAGUGAUGAUUGGUUUGCCCGCGAGGGGGAAAACCUACAUGUCCAAGAAGCUGACCCGCUACCUCAACUGGAUCGGAGUGCCAACCAAGGUGUUUAACCUUGGGGUUUAUAGAAGGGAAAUGGUGAAAUCCUACAAGUCCUAUGACUUCUUCAGACACGACAACAAAGAAGCCAUGGAGAUAAGAAAACAGUGUGCUCUGGUGGCUCUGGAGGAUGUCAAAGCCUAUCUGAAUGAAGAAGGAGGCCAGAUCGCUGUUUUUGAUGCCACCAACACUACCAGAGAGAGGCGGGAACUCAUCCUGAAUUUUGCCAAAGAUCAUGCCUACAAGGUGUUUUUUGUCGAGUCGGUAUGUGACGAUCCGGAUGUCAUCGCUACAAAUAUUCUGGACGUGAAGGUGUCGAGUCCAGAUUACCCUGAGAGGGACAGAGAAAGUGUCAUGGAGGAUUUUCUGAAGAGAAUAGAGUGCUACAAAGUGACAUACCAACCUUUAGAUCCGGACGAACACGACAAGAACCUCUCAUUCAUCCAGGUCAUCAAUGUUGGCCGUCGUUUCUUGGUCAACAGAGUGCAGGACUACAUCCAGAGCAAAAUAGUCUACUACCUCAUGAACAUCCACGUCCACUCCCACUCCAUCUACCUCUGCCGGCACGGAGAGAGCCACCACAACAUGGAGGCUCGCAUCGGGGGGGACUCUGAGCUGUCAGAGAGAGGGAAACAGUUCGCAGCAGCGUUAAAAGGUUUCGUUGAGGAGCAUCGUCUGUCAGACCUGAAGGUUUGGACGAGCCAGCUGAGACGCACCAUCCAGACAGCAGAGGAACUGGGAGUCCCGUACGAGCAGUGGAAGAUCCUCAAUGAAAUCGAUGCUGGAGUGUGUGAAGAGAUGUCGUACAAGAUGAUAGAGGAGACGUAUCCAGAGGAGUUUGCCUUGAGGGACCAGGACAAGUACAACUACCGCUACCCUGGAGGAGAGUCGUACCAGGACCUGGUUCAGCGGCUGGAGCCAGUAAUCAUGGAGCUGGAGCGGCAGGGGAACGUCUUGGUCAUCUGUCAUCAGGCUGUCAUGCGCUGCCUGCUUGCCUAUUUCCUGGACAAAAGUGCAGAUGAUCUGCCCUACUUGAAGUGUCCCCUGCACACCGUCCUGAAACUCACCCCUGUGGCUUAUGGUUGUAAAGUGGACAUGUUUGACCUGAAGGUGGAGGCUGUCAACACUCACAGAGACAGACCAUUACUUUCAGGAGCCACACAGCCAGUCCCCUUUAAAAGUCCUGACACCAGAUGCAUCAAACUCAAUAGUAAAGUCAGAGCAGACACCGUGCCUCCAGCUUUCCACCGACGCAACAGCUUCACUCCGCUCUCCAGCCAGGAUCAGAUUAAGCGGCCUCGUCUGUACAGCGCAGGAAACCCUCAGCAGGUCCGCACGUCCCAGGCGCCCAAUUUACCUAGCAUGCAAUUCUCUGAGGUAUCUGAGGGGCAGGAGCUGCUACACAGUGAGGACUCUGUCAACGGCUUCAGUGCAGCAGACACAGACGACUGUGUUCAGAGCAAGAAAAGCUAAAGAAAAAAGAGGAUGCUCAGCAAACGGAUGUUUCAGCAGAUAUGAAGACCAGCAUUUUAACCCCAACCAUCUUCAGCCAUUACAAUAUUAACUUCUGUAUUACACACCGUAUCUGUGUUACCAUAUGUAAGACAUCACUUUGGUUUGUGUUUGAAAGGUUGUGUGUUAGUCUGAGUUUGCACCUACAAAUAAGAACUCAACUCCUUCUUUACUGCAGCCUUAAAAUUCAUGGUAACAUCUGCAGUAAAAAGAAAAAGGCAUCCAUUAGCUCCUCCUCCUCCUGUUGUAGUCUACAGUCGUUUCAUGCUGUUUUAGUUUUAGAACAUGAUUGUGAACUGUAUACCUCAUUGAAGAGCAUCGCCUUGAAGGAAGCCAUGCACAACCCUAGCUUCUCUUCAGAUGCUCCAUUUGUUAGUGACUUACUUAAACAUUCCCUGAUAUAAUCCAUCCUUUUACAUGCAACAGACUGUCAAAAUGUUAGUCAUGAUGUCAUUCUGAAGUGUAAUGAUACAUGUAUUGUAAUUGGUUUUCAGUGAGCAGACAUAUGCUUUUAAGGAAGGAAAAGUUCAGCCUAGCCUAAAACAUUGCGAGUUUUCUGUGUGCAAAUAAUAUUGUUUUUAUUACCGGAAGCCUUCCUGCAUAUGUUUCCUGUCACUCAAUAAACAGCUGUGAUGUAUUCAGCUGGAUUAAUGUAAAGCUGAUCACAUCUGAACUCAUUAUAACUGAUGCAUAAAUACAAAGUGCUCAAGUAUUUAAAAAUUGAUGGAAUUCAGAGUUAGAAAGUACUUCUGAUCCAACAAACAUACUAUAAGAUAAAUUCAAUCUUCUUGUUAUUUAAAUGGGUAACAUCCAUAUACAUUGAGCCAUGUGAUAAUCUGUAAAAGUGCCUCUUUUAAAGGACUGUAAGGCUCAGAAAAUCAUUUGAAAGUAUUUAAAAUAUUGUAGAGAAAUAUGAAUGAAUGAACUGCAAAGGAAUGUUUCAUGUUCUGAAAGGCUUUGGACAUUGUAAAGAAGCUUUAAUGUAAGUGCACAGUGUCAUUCAUGCUGCAUUAAAUAAGAUCAGUUUUA